AUGGCAGAGGACUUUCCUCUGGAUGAGGAUGGGUAUGACGACCUGUCGGAACCCGAGUUCCCACUACCUGAUGGAGUUUCGAAAGAAAUUUUGACCGAAGCUGGCACCUCGCAGUGGUUAAAGCCAAAAGUGGGAGAUGAAGUCACCAUCCAUUAUGUGGCCAAGCAUUCCGUCACCAACCCACCUGAGUUUCGUGAAUUCUACUCCUCUCGCAGUGGCGAACCCUUCUGCUUCACCCUGGGCCAGGGGCAGGUUGCCAAAGGUCUGGAGCUGGGCAUUCCGACCAUGCGAAGGGGCGAGCUGGCUCAGUUCACCAUGACUGGUGACUUUGGAGCCAUGGAGGGCCCAAUGGAGGCCAUGGAAGGUUCGAAAUUUUCGGUUCCGGAAGGUGCUACUUUUCUCUAUGAGGUUGAGUUGAUUUCCUGGAAAGCCAGGAGCGAUCUGUUGAAGGAUGGAUCGGUGAUCAAGACCACCAUGGAGGAAGGCACGGGCUGGAAGACGCCUCAGUUGAAGGAGGAAGUUUGCCUCGGCCUUCGAAUUUUGGCACCGGAUAAGGCGGUCUUGAAGGAAGUGGAUGACUUGGAAUACACCCUGGGUUCCAUGAACUUCGGCGAUGCAUCUGCUGUUGUCGAUCGAUGCCUGGUUGGAAUGAAAAAGAAGGAGGUGGCCCUUCUCGAGUGUCAAAGAGAACUUGACUUUGGGGAUGGCAUCAAAAUGUCGGACCUUGCAGUGACUAUCACUUUGAAAGAGAUUUACGAGACGAAGGAUGUGUCCUUCCAAAAGGACAAGAGCCUUAUAAAGAAACAAAUCGUCGAAGGUCAGGGGUAUGAGACUCCGAAAGAUGGAAGUAGCGUGCAUCUGGCUAUAGAGGCUGCCGCUGCUGAGGCAUGGAAAAACCUCAGCUUCCAGAAAAGGCUCCUUGACUUUGUUUCAGGCGAUGGGCAAGUACCGGACGCCUUGGAAUUCGCAGCCAUGGACAUGAAGAAAGGAGAGAAGGCCGUCCUGAAGGUGAAGUGCCCUGACGGCUCGCUGCGUGCACAGCUGGAUCUUCCAGAUGACCUUCCGGAGGUUUUCCUCACCCUUUCCUUAGAAAGCUUUGAGCAGGCACCUGCCUUGGGCAUGGAUGAGGGUCAGCAGAAAGUGGAACGAGCAUCGGCUCGAAAAGAGGUGGGCACGCGGCAUUUCAAGGCCGGCCGUUGGGCCAUGGCUGUGUUGAGGUACAAGAGCGUCACAGAAUUGUUGACCUACGUGGAACAUUUUGACGACGAAGUUCGAGGUAAGGCCAAAGAGCUCAAAUUCACCUGCGAACUGAACAAAGCCGCGUGCUUUUUGAAGCUGCAGAUGUUUGCCGAAGCAAAGGUGGCGUGUCGCCUCGUGUUGGAGGAGCCUUCGUGCCGAAAUGUCAAGGCCCUCUUCCGCCGCGCUCAGGCGGAGAUGGGCUUGAAGAACUUCACUGAGUGCAUCAGUGACUGCAAAAAGGUUCUCCAAUUGGACGAGGAGAAUCGAGAUGCCAAAGUUCUCCUGAGACAGGCAGUUGCUGCGCAAAAGGAAGCUGACAAGAAGUCAAAAGCUGUGUUUGCUAGCAUGUGCAAGGCCUUAGGGAAGGACGGCAAUGAGACACAGGAACCUGUCUCAAAACACGAGCCAGUGAUCAUCCAGGAGAAAGGACCUGCAGAUGGCCCAGGGAUUGUGGCAACUCUGUUCCAAGGUGUUUCCUGGGCGUUCCUGUUCUUCCCAAACUUGGUCUUCUCGAAUUUCUCCUAUUUCUUUGGAUAUUUCUGGCAGAGAUUGACUGGGAAAACCCAGAAUGGGGCAGCCUCCGGCAACAUGCUGGUGGCGGGAUAUUUCACAAGUCCUGCCGGCAAUGGCCCUGAAACUUGGGUCUUCUCCGCAGAAUGCGGCACUGUGUUGCAGUGCUUGGGUGCUCCGGUGCCGCGGUUAGAACCAGAUGCUCCGGUGCUGGAGAUCAAGAAGUCUGAGCUGUCCAUUGGCGCCACGAUGCAUUCCAGUGAGGCCCCAUUGUGGGAACAAAUUGAUGGUCAGGUCUUAGAAAACCGUCUCGACAAGACGAUGAUCAAGUACAAUGAGGCUCAGAGCAUUCGCAAGACCUACGAGGUAUCCCAAGGUAUCCCUGAACGGCAGGCCAUUGUGAAGCGCUUGAAGCAGGAGAGGAUGGGCUUCGACAACCAACUGGCGGGCAUCGAAAGGACCUUGAAGGCCAAGGAGCGAGACUAUGAAGAGCUCCUGCUGCUGUCCCACGAUGCGUACCACGCCAAGGAGAUGGCUCAAGCAGAGCUACAUCGCUUCGAGCAGGGCGUCAUGGAGGAGAGAAACCAGCGAGACAAGGAAGUUCAGGAGAAGAAGGCGUUGGUGGAGCAGCGAGUGGAGAUGAACAAGCGUUUAGAGAUGCGGGAAAGGAUCCAAAAGCAGCAACAGCAGGAAAUUGAGAACGCCCAACGCGCGCAAGCUCGAGACCUUCCUGCCGCCGAAGCAUCAGGAGGAGCCGCAGAUGUGGCCGAAGAUGAUCAGAAGAUCCAACUCUUCAUCCAUGCCUUCAACCAGAUCAAAGAGGCGACGGGUGUCAACGAUCCCAACGAGAUCAUCCAGAAGUUCUUGACCCAGGAUGACACUCAGAAGAACCUCACCCAGCUGACGAAGGACAACCACGCGCUGAUCGAGAAGUUGCAAGAAGAACGUCGUCGCUUGCGGUCCCAAGUUGAGGAGCUGAAGUUCUCCAACGGCGGUGGUGGAGGGCGACGCCAGGCGAUCGAUGACUUCGAGAGCCACUUGGGCGAAGCCACCGAGAAGUGCGAGCGCAACCGGGGCAAGUACGAGCGCUUGGCUCGGAUGUUGAUCGAUGUGAAGGCGGGUAUCAGCCACCUUGCAGAGCUGCUGAUUCCCAUCAAGUUGGAGGGUGAAGCUCCACAACCGCUAGAGAUGACCGACGAGACCGUGGAGGAAGUGCUGCAGGAGAGCGAGAAGAAGAUCUCCAAACUGCUCAGUCUGACAGCGAAAUUCGAGGACGGCUUAGCAUCGGACGAGAUCAGUGAGCAGCAGCGUCAGAUGGAUGAAGAGCGCUACGAAGAGAAGCUGAUGAUGAGAAGCCAGUCCGAGGCCCGCAUCAAGCUCACGGACAAGGAGGAAGACAACGAAGAUGACGAAGCUUGA